AUGGUGUUCAUGAUAGUUAUUAGCAUGAUGAAACCCACCCAGACCAGCUUCAGGAAACCUUGGGAAGCAGCGUGGCAGGUUCAGAGCACCUCAAUCAGCAACUUAUCAGAGCCGGCAGCAGCCGUGGGUGAGGCGGAGGACACUCAAGCUGACAGUCAGGGGUCCCAGAAGUUCCAGAACCCGUGGCCCCACCUGGAGAAGUACUUUGUCCUUAAAUCAAGAGAUAUGACGAACGCCAAUGUUUUGCACUUCCGGUGCGUCAUGUGCCAUCCCAAGGAGACCAUCAUUAACGGACAGACGGUGAGCCUUUACAACUUGAAGUCACAUGUCAAGAGGAAACACCCAGAGCAUGCCACCCAGUUUGAGGAGAGGAUCAAGGCUGGGUCUCUCCGUGGGAAAAACAGGCAAUCACCUCCUGGUAAUGACAGUAGCACCACCAUCCAGUCGUUGCACCCGCCUGCAAAGAAAAGACGCCAGCCCACCAUUGGCGAGGUGUUUGGUCAAUCAGCUGCUGGCAUUAGCAUCUGUCAGUCUGUGGUGGACACAAAGAUUGUGGACCUGUUCGUCUGCAACAUGCUUCCACUGCAUGUAGUGGAGUCCCCCACCUUUGUCAGCUUGAUCAGGACCCUGAACCCCACCAAGACGUCGAUGUCCUACCACACUCUGGGCAGGAGGAUCUUGGCCAGCCAUAAACAGCUGGAGGAGUAUCUCAUAAGAUUGCUCAAAGAUAUCCCAUGGGUGGCAACCACUGCAGACUGCUGGUCGACCCACAACAGGUCCUACCUGGGGAUGACGGCACAUUGGUUGCACCCCAAGACCCGCACGAGACAGCAUGCCGUCCUUGCCUGCUCUCGGCUCAUGCAGCAUCACACCUUUGAUGUUCUCGCCAAGGCCGUGGUGGACAUCCAUUACAAGUUCCACCUGCAGGACAAAGUGACCAGGACCACAACAGACAACGGGAGCAACUUUGUCAAAGCAUUUGUGCAGUUUGGCAUGGAAGUUGAACUCUUGCCAGACAUUCAUUCCAAUCCGGACAUGGAGGGCGUCGAGGAUGUGGACCUGGACGUGGAUCAUGAGGAUGGGGAUGUGGGCGAAGUUGAGUACAUCCCUGUUGAUGCCGCCCUUGAUGAGUCCAGCGGCCUGGGCCUCAGCCUGCCAGUGCACAUGAGGUGCUCAGCCCACAUUUUAAACCUGGUAGCCAGUGUGGAUGCUGACAAAGCUCUUGACAGCGCUUUGUUCAAGUCGGCCUACAGGAAGGCCAUGUCCAAGGCACAGGUGCUGUGGAACCAGCAGAGCCACAGCAUGGUGGCAGCAGACAGCAUUCUUGUCGAGUUGGAGAGGAGGCUGAUGGUCCCCAACAGUACCAGAUGGAAUUCAACCUAUGAGUCUGUUGUUGUCCUCAACAACUUGCUGGUGAAAAAGAGGAGAGCUGUCCACAGGGUGAUGAUGCAGCUGAAGCUGGAGCCCUUUACUGAUCCUGAUGUCAGCUUCCUGACAGAAUAUGCCCAGGUGAUGUCCAUUGUUGCCAAGGCCUUGGAUAAGAUCCAGGCAAAGGACCAGGCCUAUCUUGGGAGCCUUCUGCCAACUGUUGCGGCUACCAUCCUGAAGUUGAAGGAGGCAAAGUCCAAACACCUCUUGUAUUGCAGUCCUCUGGUAGAUGCAUUACUGGCAGGCAUCACAAAAAGGUUUGGGCUCCUCCUAGAAGACCAGGAGUGCCAGCUGGCAGCUGCCUUCCACCCCAAGUUUCGCCUGUUCUGGCUGGAGCAGCAUGAUGACAGCCAGCUCAGCAGGGUAAAGAAAGCAAUGGAGACUGCCGUGGAAUCUGCCUUGAAGGAGUCAAGUGAGGAGGGCAGCAGCACCACCAGUAAUGAUGAGGAUAUGGAGGAUGACUUCUUCAGCACCAUUACUCAGUCCCGGGAGAUUAGGAGCCACAGGUCGCUGAAGUCCAAGGCACAGAACUUGGUGAAGGCCUGGCUGGAGGCUGGCUCGAAGGAGGGCCUGGCUGACGUCGCCUUCGUCGGAGAGCAGGUCUUGAUUGACCUGUUCACAAAGUACAACACCCCCAUCCCAUCCAGUGCUGCAGUUGAGUGCUUCUUCUCCAUAGGAAGAGACAUCCUGAGGGCCAAGAGAGCCUCCCUGUCAGAUGGUAACUUUGAGAGGCUGAUGUUCAUGAAGGGCAACCAGCACCACAUCAAGGAGAUGAAGAAGACCCAGCCGGAGUGAGGGGAAUUUUUUAUUUGCGAUUUAACCCAUACAGUGUCGUCUUUUGUCAUAGAUAAGGGUCAUGCCAGGUUGCAUUUUUUCAUAUUUUUUUAUUU